AUGGCUCUCUGCAGCCUGAUGAGAGCUUCUGCAGCAUCUAAGCUCCGAGUUGGGUUCUACGCCCAAACUUGCCCCAGGGCCGAAGCCCUCGUCAGGGAAGCCUUCGAUGACGCUGUCAGGAAGACCGACGAUAUCGGCGCAGACCUUCUAAGGAUGCAUUUCCACGACUGUUUUGUCAGAGGGUGCGAUGGAUCGAUUCUCAUAGCUUCGGCGAACGGGAACACGGUGGAGAAGGACGCGGAGAUCAACCAAACCAUCGAGGAAGAAGCGUUCCAAGUCGUCGAUAAUGCAAAGGCCAGCCUGGAAGCUGCCUGCCCUGGCGUCGUCUCCUGCGCCGACAUUCUCGCCUACGUUGCCCGAGACAGCGUUGCACACUAUGGAGGAGGUUUCUACAAUGUUCCUGCUGGAAGAAGAGACGGGAGGAUUUCGUUGGCAACCGAUGUUGGCUCAGAAUCAAAUAUCCCUCGUCACAAUUUCACACUCGAUCAAUUCACUCGAGUCUUCGCCAGGAAAGGGUUGACCCAAUCCGAGAUGAUCACUCGAUCAGGAGCACACACCAUUGGCAUCGCUCACUGCCCUGCCUUCACCGAAAGGCUUUAUAACUUCAACAGCAGCUCGGGAGUCGACCCGACGCUGGACUCGGCGUACGCGGUUCAGCUGCAGCAGCAAUGCCCGACGGCGGCGAGCAACACCGAGGUGCCGAUGGACCUGCCGAGCGAGCUCGGGUUCGACAACAGCUACUACCAGGGCAUCUUGAGGAACAGGGGGCUCUUCACGUCGGACCAGACGCUGGUGUCCACGCCGGCCGCGGCGGCGCAGGUGAAACUGUUCGCGCGCAACUCGGCCGUCUUCAAGAAUAGAUUUGCUGCGGCGAUGGUGAGGAUGGGCAGCAUCGGCGUGCUGACGGGGAGCAACGGAGAGAUACGCUCCAACUGCCGAGCGCCCAACUGAAUCCAGUUGACCUUGUAAUUUAUGAAUAAGGUACUACAAAAAUAUUUAAAAGAAUAAAUAAGAUGAUUAAC